GCAGAAGCCAUUAAUAAAUGUCCCCUUAGAACCCUGCACACAGACCUUCUAUGUCCCCAUCUAUUCACAUUCCUUAUAAAAACUCCCCAUAAGUCCACUAUUAGCCCCACCUAAUUAUCUUCCUCUCAGUUUCAUAUCUGCACCAUUUCCUAGUGUGUUCGUGUGUCUCUUUUUUCUUCUCUUUCUUUUCUUUUUGAGCACCAGCUGUGUGUGUGUGUGUGCUAAUAUGGCUUCAGGGACAGGAUCACCUUGUGGUGCAUGCAAAUUUCUGCGCCGCAAAUGUGCUUCAGACUGUAUAUUUGCUCCUUAUUUUUGUUCAGAACAAGGGCCAGCUAGAUUUGCAGCAAUUCAUAAAGUGUUUGGAGCAAGUAAUGUUUCUAAACUAUUGCUGCAUGUUCCAGUUGCUGAUCGCUGUGAAGCUGUUGUUACCAUUGCUUAUGAAGCUCAAGCUAGGAUCAAAGAUCCUGUCUAUGGCUGUGUUGCUCAUAUAUUCGCUUUACAACAGCAGGUAGCAUACCUGCAAGCUCAACUAAUGCAAGUGAAAGCUCAGGCGGCACAAAGUUUGAUAAAUAAUUCAAGAAAUUCAGAAAAUACAUAUCCUCAAUGGCCCAACAAUAUGGCAGCAUCAGUAGGGCUAAUGGCAUCAUCUUUCCCAGCUAAUAAUAAUAAUAAUCCAACAUAUACAAUGAACUCCAACUCAUCACCACAGAGUUCAUUGGAAUCCAUUGAUCAUUACAGUGAUGGAGUGAAUGUGCAGGAGAUACAGAGCAGAUCAGACCAAGUCUUUUAUCAAGCAGCCUAUACUAAUAGCAGCAGGAAGAGACCUUCUCAAACUGAGUUGGGUGAACUUCAAGCUUUGGCUCUUAGGAUGAUGAAGAACUAAUAAUAAGUAGCCUUUUCUUACUUUAAUCAUGUGUACAUAGACUACGAGGGGGGGGGGGGGGGAGGGGGGGAGAAGAAAAAAAAACUUUGAUCUUC